CGACAUCGGUUUUGCCACGUAUUCAAUAUGCAGCCACCUUUUUUGCACGGAUUGAGAACCAACUUCUCAAAAUGUCCUCUGUCGGCUGAAAGCUGCCAAACUCUAGACUCCCUCAACCUUAUACGUCAGCCAUGCCAGACUCAUCAUUGUCAAGGUCAGAUGUCUCCUAAGAUCGGAAGACGAAAGCGAUGGCGUCGUCGUGGAAAGCGAGGUGGAAUUGACACAUUGAUGCUUGCAAAACCCUGCUACCAUGGACCAUCCUUCUCCCAAAUUUCCUGCAGGACAACAUAAGAAACACAGUAAGAAUGCCAAAGAAAAGAUAAAGGCAAGAGAACAACAACGAUACUUGAGGAAAGUUCAGAAGUAUGAUACACAUCUAAAUAUUGAUGUUACUCAAGAAAAAGACCCUCCGGAUGCAUCUUCUCAUGCUGAUUUUGUACAUGUAAGAAUCAAGGAUGAAGAUGCCAAGGAUGUAAGAAUCAAGAAUGAACGUGCCAAGAUGCAGGAGGAACAUAUUUCAGCUAUCCAUCCAGACCUUACUCAGUUUGGAUCAGAUGGAACAAGGGGCAAGAAACAGAACAAAUCAGAAGACAAGGAAAUUGUUCUGCCAACAUCCACUGUAAUGCAACCGAACACUGGAUACUCCCCUUCUCCCUCUGUUGGUAUCAAUGAUGAUGUAUUGGAAGAACAUCACAUUUUCAGACUGAAAAAGAAAAGUUCCAGAUUUCCCCAGGCUAUGUUUUAUUGCCGAUUAUGUAAUUACCAUCUUGACACUUUGGCAUUGUGUAUGAAGCAUUGGAAAGAACAAAGACACUCAACUCUGGAAAAGAGCCAAAGCAACAUGAAAGAAAUAGAGAGUAUUGAAGCUCCAAGUAAGGCACAUGCCGAGGCUGUAACAACACUUCUUGAAGCUACUGUUGCUGAGAUUGCCUUAAAGGACUUUGACCUCAAAAGGAGAUCCCUCAUAGCUGACACUUUGCAGUUACUGCUACACAGAACAAUGCCAGAUGUGAAGGUGAAUCUGUAUGGUUCAUCACUGAGUGGGUUCGGUUUUCGCGACAGUGAUGUGAAUCUUGGCAUAGAGGCUCCAGAGGGUACUCUUCCAUCCCAGGUCCUUGUCAGAGCUUUUGAAGCACUCGUACAUGAAGAUACUGACUUUGAUGAUGUACGCUCUGACUUUGAAGAACGUUUCCCCUGUAUCAGAUUUAGCGAUAAACAAAGGUAAAUUAUGUAAUGUUAUUGUCUCAAUGCAAUAUUUGUUCAUAACACCAUUUUGCCUAAUCCUGGCCAGUGCUGUAGUUAGGAUGAGAUUGUAGUGCAGGGCUAUUUGCUCUAGAAGAACUAAAGCCGUGUCCGCACUGGACUUUUUUUGGGGAAGGUUUUACCGAGAGGAGGUUAAAAUGAAAAAUGGUCAAAUGUGACUACUGUCCACACUUGGACUUUCAACUUGGACUUUCAACAUUGAAAGCAAGUAUACAUCUUUUGCCAAUUUCAAAUUAUAAGGCACUUUCGGUUUCUACCGAAAGGAAGGGUC